UCGGAGCGACAGAACGUUUUACUACCGUAACAAUACAGUGAUUAAUUCCCAUUUGAAGAGCUAGAAGACACCAAAGACCGAAAUGUCACUGUCGACAGUUAUACAGAUACUUUUAGUUUUCCUAGGAAACAACAUUUUACAGGUAGCAGCUGAAUUCUGCCAAGAUUUUCAGAGAUACUGUGACUAUGGCUGCUGCAGUGAGGGUUGUUGUAGCUAUGAUGGCUACUACUACAGUUGGAGCAUUUGGAACAUGUGGUAUUUCUGGUUCAUAAUCAUCUUCAUCCUUCUGUCGUGUUUCGGGGCAUGUGGCUAUUGGCGCCGUCGCCAGUGGAUGUUGGCCCAGCAACGCACCACCACUGCACAGCAGGGUCAUCUCUUCAUACCCCCCAUGGACUAUACCAACCCUGCAGGCCCCCAGAUGUACCCGUAUGGGGGGCCAUACCCCCAGCAACAGGCCCAGGGGAAUUUCCCCUCUCCACCCCCUUAUGCAGAGGUGAUUUCCAAACCAGAUGCAUACCCCCCAUCAAAGCAGGAUCUGCCCCCAUACCCAGGGGAGCCAGUGGUAACAGCCGCCACCACUACAGAGAAUACAAAUACUGCAGUCAACUCCCAACAACAGGUCUCCGCAGGUGCUGCCGCUAUUCCCCAGCCCCCGCCAUAUCAGCCAUCAUCAACGCCACCAGUUACGGACCCCGCGGCGCAAAACCCAGAACUAGUAGCUGUCAUCACAAGCCACACCUAGUUUUCAGCAUAGCCCUGCCCAUUUUUGGGUGGAAGCCCGCCCCUUUCAGCAGUGCUCCACCCUUAUUGAAAGGACUCUGAACUGUGUGACACUCUUAUGGAGUUGAACUUUGUUCCCAUCUCUCUACUACAAAGCUGUAACAAACUGACACAGCACCUCAUUGUAUGAAGCAGGAGAAAGAACAGGUCCUGUGACGUGGACUGUCAUUAUCUUUUUGAUUGACAAGUUGGGAUUGGCAUUAAAAUGCAUUAGCCCCGCCCACAUUCUUCAGAGUUUUGAGCUCAGAUUACACACACGGGAUAAAAACUUAAUAUUAACUUCCUGUUUAGUAUUCAAGAUGCGUAUUGUCUCUUGGCACUGUAAGAAUAAAACUGGAAGGGGGUGCUUAUUUAUAGUAUAUAUAUUAAUUGUGGCAAUAUGAAGGAAAACAUUGCCAGUCUUUGCAUAUCUGUGCCUGUGUUUCAUAUUUUUUUACAAGCUGGAAACUAACAUAAACAUAAUAUCUCUUAGCUGAUGACUUUCUUGUUUCUUUUCAUCAAAACUUUUCUUUGAUCUUUUUGAUAAAAUCAAAAUUCAAGAUUGCAAUAUUUAUAGUACCCAGUUAUAAUUGCACAGGGUUUGUUUUCAAUGUAUUUAAGCACGUUUUUUUUGGUGUUGUGUAUAUUUCUUGUGUUGUGUAGGUAAGUUUGUAUAUAGAAGCCCUGGAUAUUAUCGUGAUAGAAAAAAAUAUAUUUUCAUGGCUUGGAGAUGCUUUGCAGUAUUGUUCUCAAGGAAUGCUAAUAGACUUAGAAAUAUUUUGAUUAAAAAGUCGGCCUCAUCUCCAGACAGAUCUGACAUUGAAGUGUUUAUGGUCACACUUAGUUUGUGCAAUUGCUGGUUAGCAUCCCCCCCCUCCACCAAGCCCCUUUCCCAUUGUCUACAGUCUUUCAGAGCAAAUUAAAAUUUGUUGACUGAUAAUCUUUCUUUAAUUUAUUGAAUUUUUGUCUGCACCUAUGGUGGUUUUGGUGUGCAGACGUCUAAUCAUGGUGAUAUAUUUAUAACCAAUUUGUAUUUCAUAUGUGCUGACAUAUUUUCUUGUGCAUACGCAACAUGAACAUUUCUAUUCUAUUUGUCAGGUUAUGUGGAUCCAUGGUAUUUUACACAUAUACCUAUAUGUACAAAUGUGCCUACUGUGCACGGAUAGUAUUUGGAAUUAUGUUAUUAUUGGGGGUCGAAAAGGGAAAAUUUAAGCCCCGGCGCUCUUUGACGAGUUGUGAUGAAAUGCAUUUGAUGUAUGUAAAACGAUAUUGAAUGAUUUAAAAGUUGAAAAAAUUGUGAAAAAAAUUCAAUAUUGGAAUUAAGGUGUUUGAAAUUGUGAGUAAAUGUAGUUGUUUAGUAUUACUAGUGCCUUCAAGUCUUGCCUGUACAUUAAAAUAUAUAAUGUCAUCAACAUUUUUAUCUGGCUGGAUUCCCUCAUCAAUGAAGUGGGCAGUGACAAAGGUGGAACAGAAAUGUUGGAACUGAAUCAAGGUAGAAUAGGAAAUUUAUUAGAUUAAUAUGAACAUUUGGAUAUCAUAUAAGACUGAGCUUGUUUUACAUAUUUAUCUCCUCUGGCACUUAUAAUAUGACAUUGCUUGAAGGUGUGAUUUAGAAGUUCGUUUCCCACUUAAUAUUUAUAAGAAUUACUCCCAACUUCAAAUGAACUUUUUUUCUGAAAAUAAAGGGGUAAAAUCAA